CCCAGGCCAGAGCCUCUUGCUAAAAAGCCGAUUGUUGUUGUGGAGCCACAUGAUUGAAACGCAUGGUGACAAUUUCAAGCUUUUGCAGCUUCUCGUCUUCAGACUGUAAACCUCACAGCCAGUCAGACACAGCUACAGGAUCAUCUUUGUUUCUAUCCUCUCUGAGAGGACCAACAGAUAUGGAAAGGUACAUUUAACAACUUUAAAAUUAUUUGAAAUGUCUUGAGCGUUCUUUAAACUUCUGAUUUGUUUUAGACAAAACGUGGUGUGGAUCUUGGUUUUCCUGGUCCUUCUGUUCUCGGGUGUGGCAGAGACCACAGACCCUUUAACAGAUUUAGGUAAGAAAUUCUUCAUAUCUCUUUUGUACUCAUACUGGCAUCACAAAUUCAACAACAUCUCUUGUUUCGAGCAGAAAAUCUGGCUGGGAAGCUGGUGUUCUAUCAGAUGGAUGGAAAUGCCACUUAUGUGAGGGACACAGGAGAGCUGGCUUCAGAUGUUCCCACUGAGACCAUGUUUGAGCUCUUCGAUCCACAGAUGAAUUUCAGCAUGGCAAAGUUCACCUACACCUGGGACCUUGGGAACGGGUACGAGGCCUUGUCUUAUUGAAAACAUAAAGAAAAUUGUGGACGACUUUUCACACAUUCUUUGGUCUGUGAUACAGUGAGGUGAUCCAAGGGACUGAGCCGGUCGUGCGAUAUCUCUACCCUGUCUCCGGCAACUACACACUGCGGCUCAAAGUGGGAGUAAAUUUGAACAAGUCUGAACCUCAGAUCACUGAUGUUUACUCCAUGGAUGUUCAAGUGCUUGGUAUGUACUUUCAGAUUAUUCAUCACUUUACAAGAUACAAUAUCUUAUAACUGCUGUUUAGAUUGUGAAAAUAUAACAGGAGACUGUCAGCAGAUGUCCAAUACUAAAUAGGCAAUAAUUGAUUUAUAUGAAAAUAUACUCUGUUUUUUCUCCAGUUGAAGUUCUGCUAAAUUUAUCCUAGAAAGUGAUUAAAUUUGUAAUAUUCAAAAUAAUUUUGUAGAUGCCAUCAAAAACAUCGAGCUGAAGGGGCCUCCAGAUUACGAGGUGUCCCAGAACACCAGUCUGGCUGUCCAUGUGGAUGGGAGGUAAGCUCCAAGUGUGUCAUUUUUAGGGUUUAAAUCUGAAACAAGUUAAUUUGACUGCAGAGAGGCAGGCUUGCACAAAAAUGUGUUUUGUAAAUGCCAGAUAAAAAUGUAUGCUGAUAAAGCAGGUGAAUUUGUGUUAAAUGUUAAAUUAUCUUGUCUCAGUUUUUCCUAUCUUAUUCUGGCCACUUAAAAAAACAUGGUAGGGUUUUGACUCUAAGGCAUAUGGAGGGAAACAUACAAUCAAAGUAAGGAGGUCCUAUCACAAACAUCCAUCAGUACAUAAAUUUUCUUAAACUCACUAGCAUGGAUUAUCUUAAUUUACAGAUUCUGCAUAAAAAAUAAAAAAAUCUGUUGGUGUGGGAUUGUUUUUAGGUGUUCUGCAUUUGGUUUGUAGUUUAAAUAGUUCUGCCCACUAACAUGUCAGAGUAACAGCCAUCAGCCAUAAUGCAAUUCAAGGACCAUUCUAUAGUCAUCUAUAUCUAUUUCGCUUUAUUUAAGGGAUUUUGUAUAGUGAGCCCAUCUUUCCCAUGCCAUCUCUUUUUUUGGUGAUUAAAUUUUAGAUACUUGCUUAAGAUUAGAUUUUUUUACAGAGUCAGUGAAAGAGCUGUAUCACUGCAACUGCAUGUAAUAACAAACUGCCCAAAUUGCUAGCCAGACAACAAAAUAUUGCAACCAACAAAGAAGCAAGUCUUGGCCAGGAGUCCCACAGUUCAAAUACUGACCAUCACUCUCAGGAGCUGCUUUACUACCAACAUCUGAUAGAUAAAGUGCUAAUGUGAUUGUAUGUUUUUGUCUUAAGUCCUCCCAUGUGGGUUUGCUGGCGUUUCUUGCCCAACUGUGUACCUGACAUAUCAGAGGGCUGCACGCUGACCAUGCUGUAUGAAAACACCCUGAGACUGAACCACACCUUCACCUCCGCCGGGAUCCACUGCCUGGACAUCAGUGUCCACAAUGACAUCAGCAAGCUGCAGAGCUCCUUCAGCAUCUACGUCAAGAGAAGUUGUAAGAUAGGGCGCACAUACAUACACAAACGCACACACAUGCAUUCACACUUACUGGCUUUUGAGACAAAAAGAUCAACAUGGAAAACACAAGAAGACAACUUAUCAGGGAAACAAAUGACGGAGAGUUAUACAGUAGAAGAAUUCUUCAUAGCAAAUUGUCUAGUAUUGAUUAUUCUGUAUAGCAUAACAUAAUUUCACUGGUUGUGAAAGCGUUACAAAACCAAGAGAAAUUCUCCCCAAAAACAUUGUCAUUUCGAUUUAUUUCCGCUCUUUACAACUUGCCACGGUGUCAUGUGUCUGAAUCAAAUUGCCAACCAAAUUCAUAUAAACUUAACUCUGUAAUCUGUCCGUAAUCAUAAUGCAAUGGCACAGGAGCUGACAGCAAGGCUUAAAGACAAUGAGAGGGACCAGUUUUGCGUACAUGCUAGGUAUAUCACUCCUGUCAUUACAUCACCAAAGGACUCCAAUGAAAUUACCUGGUGGACGGCAGGUUUUCUCAGAGUGGGUAACGGAAACAUGCAGAGGCUUCCUUGCUUCUUUUUUACUCUCAGGGUUGUCAGGCUGAAAGUUGACUAGAUCUGUAAAUAAGGACAAAUGUGUUUUUCUCAUUCAAGACCUUGGAACUACUUAUUGCUAUUAUGAGUUAUUAUUUUAUUCUGUGUAUUCCUAUUACUCAUCACUCAAGGAGCCCUUUACCUAUUAUUUGAAUUUUAAUAUACAAUAUUGCAUAAAUUAUUAUGAUUUAUUCUUUAAUUCAUCAUUCUUUUAUGAUCUGACUCAAAAUAAAUAAAUUCACCCUUAUUUUACCUCUAGUUAUCUACUGUAUAUGAACCACACUGUCUGGAUCAAUUAAAACUGAAUCUGCCAAGCUUUGAUGACUCAUCAGUUUUCAAAAAGAAUACCUUCAACCCUCGAGUUUUUCCAAAGUUCAACGUAAACUAGGGGGAAAAGCUGCUCUGUGUCAUGAGGUGUUUCUGAUCUAAAUCUCACCAUGAGCAAUUUAUCUGCUUUAGUUCCACAGACAGAGAGCAAGAAAGGAAUGCAGCUAGAGAGCGACUCAACCUUGCAGCAGCUGACUGCUGUGUUCAAUCAGUUUGACGCUGUCGUGGUCAAACUGAAAGUCAUAAUAGACUGCUUUUAAAGUCAGCUGGUAUCCAGCUUUUUGAGGGAAAGUGCAUCUUUAGAUAGACCGUGACUGCUGUUGCUUACUGUGUUCACACCUUACAUACAGUACUUGUAAAGCAACAAACACAAGCGUACGUCUCUGAAAACUGAACACUUUACCAUUCAAAUAUCUAUGAAAGACAAAGGUGAAUAUUUAUAAAACUGAAUAGAGAUGCAUCAAAUUGGGAUGUUUUAUGCUAAUAAAUAAAUGAUGUAUUUCUUCUCUGUUUCUUACAGACAACACUCAUCUUUUCUUCAUACUGUCUUGUGCUGCCAUACUCGUUGCAACUUUCACCUUCAUCACAGUCAUCGCUUGCCGUCCUCGGCAUGUCAACAAAUCACAGGUACAGAAGACUGUGAAUGUAAAUGUAAAUGUAAAAUUAAUAAGUCGGUAUAUAAUAUCAUAUCAUAUCUCAGUAUAAGUAUGUAUUGACUCUGUGUUGAGGAGUGAUGUAAGCUCUGUUUCAUGCCCUAUACUAUACUGUUUAGUGUCAAACUUGGUUCAAGCAUGCUGUGUUAACUUAAUAAUGAAUCACGUGUGAUGUAUGUUUACAUACGCAGAGUUACAGUAUUAAAGAUUAACAUACAGAGCAUUCAUGGUUGUAUUGUAAUUCACUUUAAGACCACAAGGAGGCCAUGUGUGUCCAGAAAUAAGGGAUACUUAGUCAACUCACUGUAAUAGUGCAUGCUACAAAAAGUACUUGAACAAAAAUACAGUAUAUUUGACUCUUUUUUUCCGGGCAUGUGGGAUUUUUUUUCAGGUCGCUGCCUCCAGUAAUGCUGUAUUCCUGAAGGACCAAGAGUCUGAAGGUCAGAGCAAGAUCCUCUUUAAAUUCUCCACUGAGAAGAAAGAAGAGAAAGAACCUCUCCUUGUGCAGUACGGGACUCAGUACUCCUCUUAAUGGUUUGAUGUCCAGCAGGCUGUGGAGGCUUGGUAGAGGAAAAUACACAUUUAUGAUGUUAAAGGAGAGUAACUGUUUGCAUAUCACCUUUUUGUAGAUGUGUAACUAAAUACCUGAAUCAUCAACAAAAUAUUGAGAUUUGAUUAAUUUGGCUGCAUUAAUAGUGCCAGCAUGUGUUUAGUAUCGGGAUAUCAACAGUUUAUGGUAUUGUUUCUUCCAUAUCAUGGUUUGGUCAUUAAUUUUCAGAUAGGUGGGUCGAAGGCCUUUGAGAUUUUCUUCACACUAAUGACGAUCAAUGAAUGUGUCACAGAGGAUAGUCUGACAUUCAAAUGUUCUCAUAAUAAAUUAAAAGCACAACUGCAGCUCAUGUUUAAGCAAUGACUUUAUAUUAGGCAAGCUGUGAAUGGAUCUGGUCACUUAUUAAUUUAUGUUAAUGUGAGCCUAGUUUUGUUUUACUUUAGGAAGGGAGUGUGUUUUUUCUAUGUAUUUCAUCUUUUGGUUCUGAAUCUAAGUACAUUAAGCUUUGUGGUAGAGAUUGGAUUAAAGGUUUUGCUUGAUUUUGCUGUCAAACAGUGUUGUUUAUCCUAAGAAUACUGAUAGCUACUACUGUUUUUCCUAUUUGUAUAUAUUUAUUUGCUUACAUUGUUUUCUAUGCAAUGUGUAAUUUAGCUGGAAGAAAUCACAGUAUUUAGUUUAGAGUAAUUAAAAUGAAAC